AUGCUUACCAUUUUCUUUCAUCAGAGACGCCACCGCGAUCGGGAGCGAGACCGAGAUCGUGACCGUGACCGUGAUGGCUAUCGCCACCGAGACCGCUCCCUAGAUCGCCGUUAUGACAGUCGAAGAGAUGACGACUAUUAUUAUUCGAGACGAGAUAGGUCAAGGGAUCGAAGACGCUCAAGAGAUCGAGAUGAUCGACGACGCAGUCGAGACAGAGAUACACGUUUCAGACGGGAGGAUUCUCACGAUGGGGACCGUCGAUUACGAGACGAGUCUACCGAAUCCAGAAAAAGAAAGCGAGAUGAUAGUCGGGAUCGAAUUUCAAGACGCGAAUCAAGUAAUGUCUCCAGGGAGGUGAGUUACACCAUGCUCCGCCAUGUCUACAGGACUCAUCAACUUGUACAGGCUUCGAAACCCUCUACUCCUACACCACACACAGCUGAGGAACAAAAAGCGGCUCGGCUUGCAAAGUUGGAACAGUGGAAAAAAAAACAGGCAGAAGAGCAGGCGAAGAAGCAAAGAGAGCUUGAGGCGGCUGGAGGUGCACGAAGUAUUCUGAAUGAGAUUGACAGAAGAGCAGGAAUCUCUCCAGCUGUCGGUUCCCCACAAUCACCUGCAGCGCCUGACUCGCCAUCGCCCGCUCCCACUCCUUACGCAGGCAAAUUCGAUCCGAAAGUCAUUGUGAAGAAAGCAACUCACCAUUCGUCGGCUUCAAAUAAAGUUCUUGGAGGCGAUAUCGCGGCGCCGGCUCUCACCAACGGCCAUGUUACCAAAGGAGAUCUGUCGCAGCCCCCUCCAAAGCCACCCGCAAAUGGGCCACUCAAGUCGAAAUCUCUCAAAGCGACGGGCAACUUGGAAAAGUUUGGUCUCGGCAAGGCGGCGACCGAAACCGAUGUGUCUAAGAAAACCUUGGAUCUGGAGGAGAAUGAAGAAACCAAGAAGAAACUUGAGAAACUCCCGAACAUGGCGCUGGAAGAGAAUGCGGACGCCAAUGGUGUUCACCUAGACGCGCAUGACGAUGGUGAUGACGAUGUCGACAUGGAGGACGAAGGAACGGAAGAAGAAGCCAUGGCAGCCGCACGGGCUGCAGCAGAACAACGAAGUCAAGCUGAACGCGGCGAUGACGCCACUAUGGCUGGCGUGCCUCAGCCUGCGGAGGUAUCCAAUACGACCGUACAAAACGAGGAAGAAGAAGUCGAUCCAUUGGAUGCUUUCAUGCAAGAUUUGCAGCCCAAAGCCAUGAAGUCAUUUCCUCAGAAGACGAAAUCCAAGUCUCGGCAACACGAGCCAGAAGCACUUUUCGGUGACGACGAAGUUGAGCUUACUGCCGUUGAUGACGAGAACCCCGACAAUAUCCUCUCGCUUGCCAACGCCAGCGCGAAAAAGAAGAAAAAGGAUAUUCCAACCGUCAAUCAUUCCAAAAUCCAAUACCAACCUUUCCGACGUAAUUUUUACUCCGAGCCCGUUGAUAUGGCUGACUGGACAGAUGAAGAAGUCGCAAAUUUGCGGAUGGAACUUGACAACAUUAAGGUCCGCGGAGUGGAUGUGCCGAAGCCUGUUCAGAAAUGGGCUCAAUGUGGACUAGGUGUCCAGGUAUUGGAAGUCAUUCAGAAACUGGGCUAUGAAGCACCAACCAGCAUCCAGGCUCAGGCCAUUCCGGCCGUCAUGUCGGGCCGAGAUGUUAUUGGUGUGGCUAAAACGGGAUCCGGAAAGACCAUUGCAUUUCUCCUUCCCAUGUUUCGACAUAUCAAAGAUCAGCGUCCUUUGGAGCAACUUGAUGGACCAAUUGGGCUAGUCCUGAGCCCCACGAGAGAACUUGCCACGCAGAUCCACAAAGAGUGCAAGCCGUUUUUGAAGGCUCUUGGUUUGAGAGCCGUCUGUGCCUACGGAGGUGCGCCGAUCAAGGACCAAAUCGCCGAUUUGAAACGAGGGGCCGAGAUUGUCGUCUGUACACCGGGCCGAAUGAUCGAUCUCCUUGCCGCCAACGGUGGACGAGUUACCAAUUUAAAACGUGUGACCUAUGUUGUGUUGGACGAAGCCGAUCGCAUGUUUGACAUGGGGUUCGAGCCUCAAGUCAUGAAAAUUUUGUCGAACAUUCGGCCCGAUCGUCAGACCGUAUUGUUCUCGGCCACUUUUCCUCGCCAAAUGGAAGCCCUGGCGAGGAAGACGUUGACCAAACCAGUUGAAAUCGUGGUAGGUGGUCGCAGCGUUGUUGCACCAGAAAUCACGCAAGUUGUUGAAGUUCGCGAAGAAAACACCAAAUUUGUCCGGCUGCUUGAACUCCUCGGGAAGCUCUACGAAGACGACAAAAACGAGGAUGAUCGUGCUCUCAUCUUUGUCGAUCGACAGGAAUCAGCUGAUGGUCUUCUCAGAGAUUUGAUGAAGAAGGGGUAUCCAUGUAUGUCGAUUCAUGGCGGAAAGGAUCAAAUCGACCGCGAUUCGACCAUCGAUGAUUUCAAAGCGGGUGUUGUUCCAAUCCUUAUUGCCACCUCUGUUGCUGCACGGGGUCUUGAUGUCAAACAAUUGAAACUUGUCGUCAAUUACGACGCGCCGAAUCAUUUGGAGGAUUACGUCCAUCGAGCUGGUCGGACAGGAAGAGCGGGAAAUACUGGAACCGCUGUGACCUUCUUAACAGAAGAACAGGACAGAUAUGCGGUGGACAUUGCCAAGGCAUUGAAGCAGAGUGGGCAGCCUGUGCCCGAAGCCGUUCAAAAACUCGUCGACUCGUUCAUGGAGAAAGUCAAAGCUGGCAAAGAGAAAGCUGCCGCUUCCGGCUUUGGUGGAAAAGGUCUGGAACGACUCGAUCAAGAACGUGAUGCCGCCAAAGCUCGUGAACGCAAAACAUUCAAGACAGGUGAAGAAGGUGAUGAGCAAGACGAGAAGGACGACGGCAAAGAGGCCAACGUUGGCGACGAUUUAUUUGCCAAAGCAGCUUCCAGUGUCAAAGCUUUCGACGCGACCCCUUCGAGUAAUGUAUCCAAUGUGCCCAAAGGAAUCGACCUCGAUGGCAAAAUCACCGUCCACAAAACCGAACGUGAAUCUACAUCGUCCUCUGCGCCGAAGAAUCAAAUGGACAAAGUGGCAGCAGCCGUUGGAGCCAUCAAUGAAAAACUCUCUAAAGCGGGAGUCAUGCGAUCCGGUGUACCUAUCGACAACAAAGGUCCUGACGCCGGUGCUUUCCACGCCACCUUGGAAAUCAAUGAUUUCCCUCAAAAAGCACGCUGGGCUGUCACGAACCGUACUAACGUGGCCAAAAUCCUCGAAGCCACGGGUACCUCGAUCACGACGAAAGGCUCGUUUUAUCCGGCGGGCAAAGAACCUGGGCCAGGCGAGAAUCCGAAAUUGUAUAUUUUGGUGGAAGGAGAUACUGAGGUGGUGGUGCACGACGCGAUGAGGGAGUUGAUGCGGCUGCUGAAGGAAGGGACGAUGAGUGCUGCGGAUGCUGCGGAACGAAGUGGUGGGAGAUAUUCUGUUCUUUGA